ACAGUAAGUGGCCCCAUAUAAUAUAAACGCGGUAGCACUAACCUACUGUUAGUACACAGUUCUACAAGAUGAAAUACUGCGCCGCUUUCGCUCUACUACUCGUCGCCACCCUGCAAGUUUCCGCAGAAGAUGACAUGGCCGAAUAUCGGAAAUUAGUCACCAGUUGCGCCGAAAAAGAGGGAAUCUCCCCUGACGUUCUUAAAGAAAUCGAAACUACUGGAAAAAGACCCGCAUAUUCGGCAUUGAAGUGCGUAGAUAAAUGCAUACUGGAGAAAACGGGAGUACUCGGUGCCGAUGGAAAAGUCGACGUUCCUAUGCUGAUUAAAAAUUGCUUAAAACAUCCCAAGCUGGACCAGGCUAAAUGCGAGCGCAUUAUUAAGGAGUGCCCGCACACCGAUAAGGGGGAUAAAUGCCUUAUGUCCUAUGAAGGUGCAAACUGCAUGCAUAACAACCUCGCUAAGGUCUUGAUGCAAUAAAGGAUUAAUGCUUGUUAGAGGUAGAAUGAAUAUAAUACAGAA